CAUUCCCUUGCUGUGACAUCAUUAGAGGAGUAAUUUGACUUGAAACUCAUUGACAGCAGUUAAGAGACACUAGAGCACUUUGGAAAUAGAGUGGGCAAAUGGGAGGAGCAUCUGGUUUUAACUCUGUUUCUUCUGAAUUCUAACUGCAUGAUCUUUGUGAGUCACUUACCUAAGACUGUAAUUGAUGGGAGCAGAGGUCUUGUCUCUUCAAAUGUUCUUAGGCCAUUUGCACACUGGGCAGUCUGUGGACUGAGAAUGGUGCACUGAAAAGAGAUCCAAGCUGAGCUCAGCAACAAAUGCCACAGCCAAUUUGGUCUUAAUGCUAACCGGAGGAGGAUCCAGGAUGCAAGCCUAUGUGUUAUGACUCCAAGACUUGUUCUCAUACCACUGCAUGUAGCUGCUUCUCCAAUCUGAGUGAACUCAGACACAGGCUGGCAUUGCCAGGUGGGAAGUUGGCAACACCAUCAUGACAUCACAACCUGUUCCCAAUGAGACCAUGAUACUGCUCCCAUCAAAUGUCAUCAGCUUCUCCCAAGCAGAGAAACCCGAACCCACCAACCAGGGGCAGGAUAGCCUGAAGAAAUGUCUACAGGCAGAAGUCAAAGUUAUUGGGACUAUUCAGAUCUUGUGUGGUGUGAAGGUAUUGAGCUUGGGAAUCAUUUUGGCAUCUGCUUCCUUCUCUCCAAAUUUUACCCAAGUGAUUUCUAUGCUGUUGAAGCCUGCUUACCCAUUCACAGGACGCUUGUUGUUUGUCAUCUCUGGCUUUCUAUCAAUUAUCACAGAGAAAAGGUUAACCAAGCUUUUGGUGCAUAGCAGCCUGGCUGGAAGCAUUCUGAGUGCUCUGUCUGCCCUGGUGGGUUUCAUUCUCCUGUCUGUCAACCUGGCUGCAUUAAAUCCUGCCUCAUUGCAGUGUGAGUUGGACAAAAGGAAUAUACCAACCAGACUUCUUUCUUAUGAUGACUACAAUUCGCCUUACACCACGGACUGCUAUAAAGCCAAAGCCAGUCUGGCUGGAACUCUGUCUCUGAUGCUGAUUUGCAGUCUGCUGGAAUUCUGCCUAGCUGUGCUCACUGCUGUGCUGCGGUGGAAACAGACUCUGUCUGACUUCCCUGGAGUGUGCUUUUCCUGCCUCACAGUUACUCCUGUCCCCAAAGAUGACUCAUGAUGCUGGAUAUGAAGAGCUAUUGACUUCUUGGGAAAAAAAGGGAGAAAUAUUAAUUGGAAAGUUGAUUUUUAUGAUAAUACGGAAAACCUAACCAUUAUAAAAAAGUGAACUUGAGUUUCCUAAAUGUAA